UCUAUAAUUUUUUUUCUACGAUCGCUCUAUUCUGAAUUAAGUACAAAAUACUAGAAAAUUACCCCUGUUGUCCAUUUUUCAACCCCGAGUAGGUACGGGUUAAACUUGUCUGAUUGACAUGAAAUUUUUUUGGUUCGUUUUUACAUGUACAUAAACAAAUUUGGGGGGUGAGACCAAGGAAUUUUUAAAAGAAAUUUUUCAUAAUCUAUAACUAAGGACCACUCUAAUAUAUAUAUUGUAAUAAACAAAAAGAUAUAAUUAUGGAUAGUAUGUGGUAAACAAAAAGAAGUAAAAAGGAUAUGGUGUGUUGUGGCAAAGGAAUGUUGUUAAGUGUGUUUGGGGUUCAGAGUGUGAAAGGGAAGAAAUGUAAAGAAAUGUAACACAGGUGACCAAUAAGGAAAUAAUAAUCGUAGCGUGCGUAGUGUAAAAAGGAUGGGCACCAAUGGAAAGUAAAAGUGGCUAUAGAUACCCGGUAGUGACUACAAUAAAAUGAAAUAGAAAGGGAUCUCGGGGUAUGUAUGCUUGUGUAAAGACGUCUAAUGCAUGAAUAAAAUGGAAUUACAAAGAAGGGUCACUACCUAGCUCCUGCACAGAAACGCGUACACUAAUAUUAGCAUGUCCGCAGAAUUUUUAAAUAUUGUUUACGGCAUGAUGAAUGAAAUAAAUCUAUUUUUACAAUCAACUCCUAUGAGGAGCGAAAACAAUAUUUUUUAUCAAAAUGAUUGUUUCAAACUAUCUAAAGUAUUAUAUGGUGAUACAAAACAUUUAGUAUUAGAAUCAGUGACACUUGAUGGAUGUCGUGUGUUAUUAAAUAAUGAAAACAUUCAGGUGCUUAAGCAAUCGGAGUAUACUAUUAACAAUGGCAUUACAUGAAAAUUAAAAUAGCGUAUGCAAGUAAUACAUCAAAUAGAUCGUAUUGUGCAAUAUGCCGACGGUAAAUGGACAGGUCUUAGAACUCAACAAUCACCCAAUGGUGAAAUGUAUAAUUUAAUAAGAAGUAUGAACGAUUUAACACUCAACGAAACUAUCCCAAAAGUUGACAAUAGCUACCUAAGUGAGUUGAAGAAUGUAGCAUGCGAUGAAAUAGUCGAUCGAUGGGUCAAGUCGUGGUCCGAGGACACGUAUCAAAUCAAUGAAAAAGAAGAAAUGUAUGACGAAAAUGACGGACCGUCAUUUUUCAACGAAACCCAAGAAAAUAGUUAUAGUUCAUGGGCUUCUCAGUAGCCAAAACCAAAUCACGUCAGAAAAUUAA